CAUCCGUAAAUUGCCAUUGCUCAUCGCACGCAUCCGCAGCGGUUUCUACUAAACCAUUUAGAAAUUGUCGCGGCCGAGUUUCCACGCCAGCUCGGAUCAGAACAGCUCGCUGCUCUUCUCAACACGGGGUAAACAUCGGAGGAAGUCUUUCACUCGGCCAACGUUGUUAGUACGCAGGUCGAAGAAGGAUCCCCGAAAAUUUCGGUUUUAUCGAAUUCACGAUUUAAAGUGUUUAUGUUUAUAUGACUGUGUAGGUGAAAGUGGGAAACAUGGAAGAUAGUGUACAGGUGAUGGCUAACAAGAAUCUGACGUACUUUCCUACUAGGCCACCGGUGAAUAUUGAAUUUCAGGACCUGUCCUAUGCGGUGCCGCAAGGGAGGAAAGGUACAAAACUCAUAUUGAGAAAUGUCAACGGUCAAUUCUAUUCAGGACAACUUACGGCAAUACUUGGACCCUCUGGAGCUGGCAAAAGUACACUUUUGAAUAUAUUGGCUGGUUAUAAAUGUACUGGCGCUACAGGAACGGUAUUGAUAAAUGGAGAAGACAGAAACUUGAAAAAGUUCAGGAGACUAUCUAGAUAUAUAAUGCAACAAGAUCUGGUCCAGCCCUGGUUGACCGUACAAGAGGCAAUGGUAGUUGCUGCUAAUUUAAAACUGAACAAGGAAAUGUCUCCUCAGGAUAAGCUUCUAGCAAUCGAUGACGUGCUGGAACUGCUGAGGCUAUCAAGUGCAAAAAAUACUAGUACGGACAGAUUAUCUGGGGGUGAGAGAAAGAGGUUAGCAAUUGCUUUGGAGCUGUUGAAUAAUCCACCAGUGAUUUUUUUAGACGAACCAACCACAGGUCUGGAUGACUUGUCAUGCUCUCAAUGCAUAGCAUUGCUGAAGCUUUUAGCCAAAGGAGGACGAACUGUGAUAUGCUCGAUACAUACACCGAGCGCUAGAUUAUUUAAUAGUUUCGAUAAUGUUUACUGUGUGAACAAUGGACAAUGCGUUUAUCAUGGUUAUGGUCCAUCUGUUAUUCCAUUUUUGUCUAAUAUAGGAUUAGAUUGUCCAACAACUUACAACCCAGCUGACUUUUUGAUAGAAGUUUGUUGUGGAGAAUAUGGUGAUUUUCAAGAUAAAAUGGUUUCGUGUAUAGAGAAUGGUCAUAAUUGUUACGACAAUAAGAAGCCGGUUAAAAAUGUAGAACAAAUGAUCGAAGAACCAGUUAAUGAAAAUGUGAAACGUCAAUGCAGUAUUUAUUCGGACAAUAAUCCAGUGAAACGAUCAGCAACUCAGCAAUUUGUGGUUCUUUUGCUGCGGAUGUGGUUGCAAAUGUGGAGAGAUAAGGGUGGUUUGGCUCUGAGAGUAGCAGUACACACACUUCUGGGACUUUUAGUAGGCAGUAUUUAUAUAGGAAUGGGACAAGAUGGUUCGAAGACUAUUUUCAACUUUGGCUUUUACUUCAAUUGCAUAAUAUUCUUCAUGUAUGUUCCUAUGAUGCCAGUAUUAUUGCAAUUUCCAACUGAAGUUCAAUUAUUGAAACGAGAGCAUUUCAACAGAUGGUAUGGCUUGGGAUCCUAUUUCAUGGCAUUAACUUGUUCGACAAUACCUCUCCAACUAAUUCUGGGUUUUCUUUAUCUUGGAUUGGUUUAUAUUAUAUCCGAUCAACCUAUGGAAUUGUACAGAUGGUCAAUGUUCUAUUUCAUUUGUAUGUUGACUGCAAUCAUUUCCGAAAGCUUGGGAUUAUUGAUUGCGACGAACUUGAACAUUGUGAAUGCUAUGUUUGUUGGACCAGUUGCAACAGUUCCUCUGAUGUUACUCGCCGUAUAUGGUUUUGGUUCCGGAGCAGAAAACAUACCUUUCAUCAUCAGAGUUUCGAUGUACUUCAGCUAUCUUCGUUAUUCAAUGGAAGGUCUCAUAGAUGCCAUGCUGAGAGACAGGCCUAACCUUCCUUGUCCAGAUGAUGAGGAGUUCUGCAUUUUCACUGACUUGAAUUACUUCAUUCGUGUGAUGGGAAUGGAGAACACCAUAUUCUGGGUUGAUAUUGUUGCUCUAGUUUUUUGUAUUUUAUUGUUUAGGGGUGUUGGUUACUAUUUAUUGAGGCAGAGAUUAUCCCCUAACAAGACAUUCUUAGCAAUUCAAUAUAUUGGAAGAUUUGUCAAAUCCCAUUUCAGUAUAGCACGAUAGUACGUUAUAUGUUAGUUAUUAAUGUUUUGUGUUUCUAUUUAUUUUUGAUACUUAUAUACAUCAUGAAAAAAAGCUUUAAUAAUAGAUGAAGUAUCUAAGAUGGAGACUAACUUUUUUAUGGAUCGUUGAUAAGAUUUAUUAUAAUAAAAAACGGAAAUUGUU